AUGGACGUCGCCGUGCUGGUGGUGGCGACCAACGCGACGACGAUCGUCGUCGUCGGCAGCGGCAAUGCGACGUCGUCGGUCGGCGGCAUGUGGGAGAACGCGUCGUCGGCGCUGUCGCCGCUGGCGACGGCGCGUCCGUACGGCGGCGACCACUUCACGAGCUUCUCAAACUCGUACAAGGCGAUCCACGGUUACCUGAGCGUCGUCAUCUGUGCCUUCGGAAUCGUGUCGAACGUGCUCAACCUCGUCAUCCUGACGCGAAAGAACAUGAUCACACCGACGAACAGCAUCCUCACCGGCCUCGCCGUCGCCGACAUGCUAGUCAUGCUCUCCAGCCUCCCGUUCUCGCUCUUCUGGCACAUCCUCUUCCUGCGGCCCGCCUGGAAACCGCUGAGUGGAUCAUUCGGUUGGAACGUGUUCAUGGUGUUUCAUAUGCAGCUGACCGUGCUCUGUCACACGAUCUCGAUCUGGCUCACUGUUCUGCUCGCUGUCUUCCGUUACAUUGCUAUCAGCUACCCAUCGCACUCUCGCACCUGGUGCAAUCUGCAGCGGGCCACACAGGCGAUCUCCAUCGCUUACGCUGCCUCCCUCGUGCUCUGCAUCCCCAACUAUCUCAACUACGACGUACAGGCGAGUGGCGACAACGUGACGACGUCCUACACGCCUGUGUUUUCCUCGUACGCCGUCGCCAAUGACGCGCUGCUAAAGAACAUGAACUUCUGGAUCUACGGCGUAAUCGUGAAGCUGAUCCCGUGCAUAGCUCUAACGAUGCUGAGUAGUCUACUGAUGCGGGCGCUCUACACGGCCAACGAACGCAAGCAAAAGUUAGCGUCGAAGACGGGCCGGCAGGAGUCAGACAAGACGUGCGAUCGGACCACGCGUAUGCUGCUCGUCAUCCUUCUCCUCUUCCUUAUCACCGAGUUUCCGCAGGGCAUCCUCUCGUUGCUCAGCGGGAUUCUUGGCGACGAAUUCUUCUCGAAUGUGUACGUGCCGCUCGGGGACCUCAUGGACAUCAUUGCUCUUGCCAACUGCGCGGUGAACUUCAUUCUCUACUGCACGAUGAGUAAACAAUUUCGCGAGACGUUUCGUGACACGUUCAAGCCUGGCGUGGACUCGCAGUGGACGCGUCUGAUGCCGAACGGAAACAGCAGGCUGAGCACGAUGGAGAUGAAGUCGUUCGUCUGAUGAUGAGAGAGAAAGAGACUCCGUCCCACGGACAGAGCCGGAGAGAGCGAGGAGAGAGAACGAAAGA